AUGUGGCGUCUACUGACCGCUUGGCUGUUCCUGCUGGGUUCUGCAUCUGGAAACGAGGAGUUUGAGAAGGAUGGCGACGUCUAUGUGCUGACCAAUAAGACCUUUGAUGACUUCGUUAAGGCGACACCGACAUUUCUUGCAUUAUUCUAUGCACCAAGGUGUCAUCACUGCCGGGAAUUUGCUCCUGUUUACGUGAAGGUUGCCUCAAAAAUCAAUGUCCCUUCGGUGAAGAUUAAUUCAGAAGUGGAGAAGGAGCUGGCGAAUCGCUAUAAGAUCAGAAGCUAUCCGACACUGAAAUUCUGGCACAAAGGAGAAGGACCGAUGGACUUGGAUUGUGCAUAUGAGCUAGAAGAGAUCGUGGAAUGGGUCUUGACUCUUACCGAUCCAAACUACGUACCACCUCCGUCGCCUGUGGUCACUCUCACCUCCGACAAUUUUACUGAAUACUUGGCCAAACAACCGCUUUGUCUGGUGAAAUUCUACGCUCCGUGGUGCUGCAAAGGCUGGGACCGAGACUAUAAAAGGGUAGCGAGAAAGCUAAGGGAAAACGUCGCUACUCGGUAUAACAAGCUACCUUUGGUGGUUGUCUACUACAAUGCUGAUUUCUCAUUGCAAUACAGAGAAGGAAGCGAGUACUGGCGUCAAAAAGUAAUAAACAUUGCUCAAAAGUACAAGGACAAGUAUCACUUCGCGAUCGCCGACGAAGAAGAGUUUGAAGAUGAACUGAGAAAGGCAGGAUUAGGUAGAGAUGCAAUGAAAGAAAGGAAACAUUGGUUUACUGCAACUUCGGUGAUUCCUGGACUUGAGCACAACGUUAUCGUGUUUGGAAAAGAUGGCAAAAAGUACACUAUGAAUCCUAAGGAGUUUGACGGAGAUUUUGAGGAGAACUUCGAAGAAUUCAUGAUGAAAAUGAGCACCGGGGAACUUGAACCUAACGUCACAUCAGCGCCUGUGCCACGCAACAACAAGGCACCUGUACGAAUCUUGGUCUUCGCACCGAAGUAUAGAGAACUGGCGAUCAAGCUGAAAAAAACGCAACCAAAUCUCAUUCUUGCCAAAUUUGAUGCAACCGCUAACGAUGUUCCUCCAGGAUUUCCUACACCAUCAUUUCCUACCUUUUAUUUUGUUCCCGGUGGUAAGAAGUCGAGUCCAAUCAAAUACGCAGGAAAUCGUGAAGAGGAAGACCUCAUCAAGUGUGUCCAUUGCAAGAACCUUGCCCCAAAUUAUUCAAAAGCGGCUACACUUGUGUCCAUUCCACUUGUCAAAAUCGACGGCACCGUUGAGAAAAAUCUCGCGGAUCGAUUUGAAGUCACUGGUUAUCCAACUCUACUGUUUUGGAAGGAUGGAAAUAAACCAAUACCCUAUGACGGCGGAAGAGAGGUCGAUGAAAUCGUCAGCUGGAUUCAAUCACAUACAAGCUCGAAAGAUGACGCCGUUGUUGUUCUUACUACUGCCAAUUUUGACCAAUUCGUGAAUGAGCACGGACUCUGUCUUGUGGACUUCUACGCUCCC